AUGAGCGCAUCUGCAUUUGGAAGGGAUCUUGGCAGCUGGGAGUGGUUAGAUGACACCCCCCGACCUGCUAACAACGACUCCCGUCAUCGAGCUUCUGGAGCACCCGGUCCAUCCUCCAGCUCACCGGCGGACAGCGGCAACCGUGCACCACCGGAAGCUUCGGCUUCACCAAAGACGAAUAUCCCCCCCAAGCAACGCCAGUGGAAACCCAGGACGUGUCGGAUAUGUUUAGAUACCGUCCAUCCCACAUACCAUCCUCCGUCGGAGUCGCUGCCCGGCAUCUUUCAAGCAGGACCGUCGGUAACCUACGACUCUGAGGAAGGGCGUCUCCUGCGCCCCUGCAAAUGCAAAGGCUCGUCGAAAUAUGUUCAUGAGAAUUGCUUGCAGAAGUGGCGGCAUGUGGACCCUGCAUAUGGUAGGAGGAAUUAUUGGCAGUGUCCAACGUGUGGGUUUCGGUACCACCUGCAGCGGAUGUCGUGGGCGAGGAUUAUCAGCAGUGCUGUCGCUCAAGUAGCGCUCACCAUUGCGAUCCUGCUGCUGGCCGUGUUCUUAUUGGGCUUCAUUGCGGAUCCAAUCAUUAACCUUUACGUUGACCCGUUGGGAACUUUGUCUCAAAUUAGCCGCACAGAACCCGAUUGGCACGAAGUGGAGGAGCCAUUCACUUGGACAGACCAUUUCCUCAAAGGCAUGGCCUCUUUGGGCCUGCUCGGAUUCCUCAAGGUGUUUCUCAGCUCGCCUUGGAACUGGUUCAAUAUCCGCGUUGGGGGUGGUCGUGCGCGAGGUACCACAGGGCGGCAGAGGCUUGCUAAUCUUAGCUGGAUUGCUGUGAUGGUCGGCAUUGGUACAGUUUUAUAUGCCAUCUGGCGCGGUGUUCGUACGUUCAGCAAAAGAACCCUUAAGAAAAUUGGGGAGCGUGUGAUGGACGUGCAAGGUGAUGAUGAUGACGAG